UAGUUUUUCCAUUUUUCCGGAAGCAAUCCUCCGUUUAUAAUGUGGAGUAUCUUGUAGAAUGAAAAUUAUGGGGGUAAAAAUAUAUUCAAUAGAUCUAGGCCGGAAUAAGUACAGUUGGGGUCUCUUGACGUCUCAACAUAUAUUCGAAUUCUAGUUCCAACCAUCGACUUCUGGGCUUAAAGCUAUGGCAGUAUUUCAUGAAACGAUUUUAUGAAACGAUUUUUUUUUAAAAAAAUUAGGAAGGCUUUCUGAAAUAUGUAUGAUAUCUUCUUGAAUUUAAGUUAUAAGCCAUAUUUCAGCAAAUAAAACUGAAGAAGUAUAAUAUUUUAUAAAAUUUAGGAAUAUAUUGAUAACUAUGUAUAAUCUUUAUAAAAUUUACGCAAACUUUCAUAAAUGUGUAUUUUAAAAAUACAUUCAUAAAUGUAUGUUUAGAAAGAUUUUCAUGAAUAUAUGUUUAUGAAUAACUUUAAUUCAAGAAGAUAUCAUACAGAUUUCAGAAAGCCUUCCUAAUUUUUUUUUAAAAAAAUCGUUUCAUAAAAUAAUUUUGAAACAAAAAAUUUCAGAAAGUUCGAUUUUUGAAAUAUCUAUACAUUUAGUAUAUUUUUAGGAAUUGUAUAAUUUUCAUUUAACCUUUAAUGAAACAUAUUUUGGUCAAUUUGAUUUUUGUGGGUUAGUUUGUAAACAAAAAGAUGUUUUAAAACUAUUUGAAGCUAUUUCUCUUUCUUUUGUGUUCUUAUAAUCUUUUUAAUCUUCAGUUUAAUUUUAUUUACCAAUUUAGAUAAUUGUAAUUUAUUUUAUUAAUUACCUAUCUAUCUCAAGAUGGAUUUGAAGGAUCCAAAUUUCUAUAAACUUGUUAUGUUACCAAAAUUUAUGCUCUCGCGUCUUAACUAAACCGAUUAAAGUUGAUAGUUAACCAAAUAAGAUCGAUUUAACCACGAUUUGAGACCCAGACUCAUUAGAAAAAAAAAGUGAUCCAAAUCCAGACCUGUUAUUCCAUCGAAACUUUUAACUAAAAAAUCCCCAAUUUGUUGAGCCCUAUAAAACAAAAUCUCAUUCGAUUUGUAAGCAGAAAUCAAUGGAGUAAUCUUUGGAGCUUUACAAAACGUGGAGAGUCCAAUCGUGGAAGAUGAAUUCGACGAAGAUGUUGUGGAGAGAGACAAAUUCGAAAUCGAACAACUAGUUGAAAACUUCGUGAAAAAGCCUUCAAUUCAACUUGACGAGGUUCCAGAAAGUGAAUUUAGGAUUCUUAUUUUAGUUUGAGGAUUACGGGGUUUUGUGUUUUGGGUUUAGGAACAUAUGUAAGGGUCGGGUUGAUUUUUGUUUUUGCUCGGGUGUUACUUUUGGUCGGGUGGUCGUAAAUUCAGUUUAGUCUCAGAUAAAACAAUAAAUCGAUAUAACUGUCUAAUUUGAUCAAUGUGGAGAAAUAGGUCUCGAACUAUGAAUUCGAAGGAAAAUAGCUAUAAAAUAUUAACAAUAGUUUCGGAAAAAUUUGACAUUAUAUCAUAAUUCUCGUGGGAAAAUAACUAUUCUGCCCAUCUCAAAAUGGAUUUGAAGGACCCAAAUUUCUGUAAACUUGUUAUGUUACCAAAAUUCAUGCUCUGACGUCUUAACUAUCCAUUCUCUAAUUCCUUAAUGUCCCCAUGCCCAAAAAAAAUGGUAAGACGAAUAGAAGAAGAACUUUAAAAAAUCUCCAUCCUUCUCUCCAAGCAAGGCUUCUAGCAUUUUCGUCUUAAACCCAACUUUAUAAUCGUCCGUCACUCGCUGAAAUCAACCCUAAAUCUCACAAACCGACCUCUCCUUCUGAUGGCAUCUCAAAUUCAAGCUUCACGCAUCUUAACACCAUCAAUCAUCGAAAUUGAUAAAGGUCGACCCUUUAUGAUAAAUGUGUUCCACUUCCACACAAGGAUCAAUUCCAUCAAAAGUUUUCAGAUUCGAAGACCGAAUCAGAGAAUAGCGUUUGCGUUAGACACGGGCUCUUCAGUUCCUCCUCCUGGUCCUGGAGACAACGGAGGGGACAGAACAGGUCUAGGUAGCACUAGAUUAGGCAGAAUCGCGGUUGCGUUAGGCAAACAGCUGCUUGUGAAGAUAAACUCGGCGAGACAAAACUUUCCCAUGAAGAUAUUUCUACUGCUUCUUGGUUUCUACACUGCUAAUGCAUUGGCCACGAUUCUUGGCCAAACCGGUGAUUGGGACGUGCUGGUUGCGGGUAUCGUCGUGGCUGCCAUUGAAGGAAUCGGUAUGCUUAUGUAUAAGAAGAAGAAGAAGGAGACAUCUUCUUCUUCUUCUGGGAAGAAGUUUCAGUCUUUUGUUGUGUUUAUGAAUUUCUGGAAAGCUGGUGUUUGUUUGGGUCUCUUUGUUGAUGCUUUCAAGUUGGGUAGCUGAAAAAAUUUAAAAUCUUUUCUUUCUUUUCUUCUACUGUAUGAAUAUAGAUAUAUAGAGAACCUUUGAUUAGAGUCACAAGUGUAUCAGUUGCAACUAGAGUUUCAGUUUUGUCUGAGAAUGCAAGUCCUGUUCUUUGCA